AUGGAAGUCGAGGUCAAUCCUAAUGAGGAUACUGAGUGGAAUGACAUUCUCCGUCAGCAUGGAAUCAUUCCUGAGAAACCAAAAGACCCUGAACCUCUUAUUCAAGAAGCUUUGAUCGAGGCUGAGCGAAGAGCACACGAGAACCGACUUGAAGACAAAGAUCUCGCCGAGCUUGAUGCGCUCGAGGACGAAGAAGACGAGGAUUUCAUCCAGCAAUACCGCCAGAAACGCCUAGCAGAGCUGUCCACCCUCCAGCAAACGAGCGUCUUCAACCAAGUCUAUCCACUCCAAAAAGUCGACUACGCGCGCGAAGUCACCGAGGCUUCAAACAAUGCCUAUGUCUUCGUUCACUUGACGUCCCCGAGCGCCAACGUCGAGUCACGCGUGCUUACUGAGCUCUGGCGCCAGAUGGCCGCCAAGUUCGGAGAUAUCAAGUUCUGCGAGAUUCGCGCCGACAUGUGCAUUGGGGGAUACCCGGAGAGAAACACUCCGACAAUUCUCGUGUACAAGGAUACUGAAAUCAGAAAACAAUUAGUCACGCUACGAGAACUCAAUGGCCCGCGUACAAAGCUGGCAGAUCUGGAGCGAUUACUCGUUGACAUUGGCGCAAUCAAAGAGAGCGACGUCCGUCUCAAGAAGCGCGAUGAUUCCGACGACGAACACACAAAGCAGGACGAUCUCAAUGUGGAAGAUUAUGACGACGACUGGGACUGA